AUGGCGUCCUCGUACUUCCAGACCAUGCAGGAAAGCUUCAAAAACAACAACAAAAGCCGUGAGUUCCAGGCUCAUUCUGCCAAAGUGCACUCUGUGGCCUGGAGCUGUGACGGGAGGAGACUGGCCUCGGGUUCCUUUGAUAAAACAGCCAGUGUUUUCGUCUUGGAAAAGGACAGAUUGGUGAAGGAGAAUAAUUACCGCGGCCACAGCGACAGUGUGGAUCAGCUCUGUUGGCAUCCCACAAACCCAGACCUGUACGUCACUGCGUCCGGCGACAAAACGGUCCGAAUCUGGGACGUGCGAACCACCAAAUGCAUCGCCACCGUCAACACUAAAGGUGAGAACAUAAACAUCUGCUGGAGCCCCGACGGACAGACCAUCGCCGUGGGCAACAAGGACGACGUGGUCACGUUCAUCGACGCCAAAACCCACCGCUCUCGAGCCGAGGAGCAGUUCAAGUUCGAGGUGAACGAGCUCUCCUGGAACAACAACAACGACAUGUUCUUCCUCACCAACGGCAACGGCUGCGUCAACAUCCUCAGUUACCCGGAGCUGAAGCCGAUCCAGUCCAUAAACGCUCAUCCUUCCAACUGCAUCUGUAUAAAGUUUGACCCGACAGGAAAGUACUUUGCCAUCGGCAGCGCGGACGCUCUGGUCAGUCUGUGGGACGUGGACGAACUCAUCUGUGUGCGCUGCUUAUCCAGACUGGACUGGCCUGUGAGGACUCUGAGCUUCAGUCACGAUGGAAAGAUGUUGGCUUCAGCUUCAGAGGAUCACUUCAUCGACAUCGCAGACGUGGAAACAGGAGAGCGGUUGUGGGAGGUGCAGUGCGACUCUCCUACCUUCACCGUGGCCUGGCAUCCAAAGCGCCCCCUGCUGGCCUACGCCUGCGACGACAAAGACGGAAAGUACGACAACAACCGCGAGGCCGGGACCGUCAAACUGUUCGGUCUCCCCAACGACUCCUAG